AUGAACAUUCCAGACAUGCCCGUCCAGGUUCCUGUCGAUGAUCCGAAUGCCGACACGGAAUGGAACGACAUCCUUAGGAAACAUAAGAUCAUACCAGAAAAACCACCAUCGCCAACGCCGAUGAUAGAAGAGGCAUUACAAGAGGGUCGGAGACUAGCACAUGAGAAUCGGCUGGAAAGUAAGGACCUCGAUGAGCUUGCAGCACUCGAAGAUGAAGAGGAUGAGGAGUUUCUUGAAUCAUAUAGGCGAACUGACCGCCUGCGAGCUACUUGUGAUGAUAUUGACGGAAACAGGCUGAAGAGAAUGACCGAGCUUGCUACCAUUACAGCUGCAUCUGUCUUCAACCAAGUAUACCAGCUGCAGAAGCCGGACUAUUCAAGCGAUGUCACCGAAGCCUCAAACAAAGCCUACGUUCUGGUACUGCUGACAUCCUCUCAUGGAACCAAUACGGAGUCGAGAGUACUCAUAGAAAUUUGGCGAGAUCUUGCACGUCGAUUCGGAGACGUGAAAUUCUGUCAGAUUCAAGGGGACCUCUGCAUUGAGGGGUACCCAGAGAGGAACACACCCACGAUUCUCAUAUACAAAGAUGGCGAUAUUAAGAAGCAAUUGGUAACGUUGAAAGAUUUGAAAGGGCCUAGGACUUCCACUGGAGAUCUCGAAAGGUUACUGGUCGAAAUAGGCGCUGUGAAUCCAUCGGACAGUCGACUCCAAAAUCGUCCUGGCGCCGAAUCUGCCCAAAACGAUUAUCCACGAUCAAGUAUCAGACAUGGAACGAUUGGCAAAGAUCAAGACGACGAAGAUAGCGAUUGGGACUGAAGCAGGUCGCACUAGAGUUCUUUAGAUGAGGCUUUGUCCUCCUCUAACAGCUGGAGUGGGCACCCAUUAGCCCUGACACACGCAGCACCGCGGACCGCCCAUGGUAUGUGCGUAAGGAUAACCACUCGGCUUCUGCACGUGUUGGGAUGGAGACCCUUAUCUGCGUGAAGUAAGGCGGAUGCCUGACACAAAUAGGAUAACAAGUCCGCCAUCUCGUCAGUGUACGACAUGAUUUAUGCACUACUACUACUACCCCGUCGAAGAUUAAUCUGCUCCACGGAGAAAUAUCCAACUUCAUCCUACCAUAUCUUGCAUCAUUGUAGCCGACCAAGAAGCUUCCACGACCAAAGCUUGUAGAUCCUUUUCAGCAUGUGUGUUGGACAGACCAUUCAUAUUACAUGUCAUGCGAUGGUAGUAACAUCUGGUAAAUGGCACAUUAGCCAGAAAAUUCCUAGCAGAAACCAAU